CCGAUAAGGAAAAAGGGGACUAUGAAAAAGUGCGACACUUCCAUUCUUCCACAUGGUUCUCUUACUGCUCAGGCGAGCUGCGCAGACAGCGAUAUUAAACAUCUCAUAGGAAAGUUACAGAGUUGUUUUCAGCAGCGAAGUGUUCUUGGUAUCACAGGGCGAGUUUUCAGUCGCACUGGAAGUUGAACGUUUGAGUGCAGAACGUUGAAGUUUGAACUUGUUAUUUCGUGCGUCUUUUUUGGAAGAUAUACGCGCACCGGAGACUAAGUACACAGUGUCUCCAAAACGGACUGAUCAGACAGAGUACUGCAAAGAAAGAGAGAGGAGACUUGCAAUAACUUUUACACAUUCAGUCUGUGUGGUUACAUAAACAUACAUUUCUUGAGCGACUGAAACAAAACUCUGAUGAUAUAACAUUGGCAACUUUUACGCACUUCACACCAUAACAACAUAAUUCUGAAUAGCACUUUUUUUUAAAUUAGGUUUCCUGUCUAACCGAGAGACAGAGAAGGAAAGAAAGAGAAACGAUGGUACAGCACAUCAGCCACGCAGAGAGCACGGAUCCCUUCUCUCCCGGCGGUGACUCCACCGAUACCGGGGAUAUGGACUUGGACAUGGACGCGUCCCCGACUCCCGGGUCUCCGCUAUCCUCCAACGGAGGGGACCGAGGCAACGUCGCCUGGUGUAAAACCCCCACGGGACACAUCAAGAGACCGAUGAACGCGUUUAUGGUGUGGUCUCAGAUCGAGAGGAGAAAGAUCAUGGAGCAGAGCCCGGACAUGCACAACGCGGAGAUCUCCAAGAGGCUGGGCAAGCGCUGGAAACUACUCAAAGACACAGACAAGAUCCCCUUCAUCCGGGAAGCAGAGCGUCUGAGGCUCAAGCACAUGGCCGACUACCCUGACUACAAGUACCGUCCAAGGAAGAAGGUUAAGACACCCAGUACCAAGACAGAGCGGGGAGAGAGAGGAGAGAAAGGAGCGGAUAGGAGCGGGGGGUCAAAAUCCUCCUUGAAAAAAAGCUCUGGGUCUAUGGGGGCCAGCAGAGCGCACAAGCAGGGACAGGGGAGCGGCAAGCUGCCUACCCAGGGGCCGGAGUGUGCGUCUUCUGCGGAUCACCACACACUCUACAAAUCCAGGUCAGUGACUAGCGCCAGACAGAUACCAGACAAGCCAGCCAGGCGCGGCUACAUGUUUGGCGGGGGAGGGAGCUUGGACAGCGAGCCACCCUCUGUGGGAGUCCCUGGGAGUCCUGCCCUGAGCAGCUCGGCUGAGUCCAGUGACCCGAUGAGCCUGUACGAUGACCAGGUGACGGGGACUAGCAAAGCGCGCUCCACUAACCCUUCAUCAUCCUCAUCAUCAAAGGCCCGCCUCAGGUAUACACGUGCGUCCUCUCCAACCCCGUCCGCCUCUCACUCCUCUUCCUCCUCCCUUUCUUCUUCCUCGGAUGAAGAGCAGGAGGAUGAGCGGUUCGAGCUACAGCCGAGCCCUGGGUUUAAGAGCACGUCUCUGGGCAGCAUGGGGCCGUGUGUGUCGGAGCUGGACAGGGAUCUGGACUGGAGCUUCGGGGAGUGCGGGGCGGGAUCUCACUUUGACUUCCCCGACUACUGCACCCCAGAGGUCAGCGAGAUGAUCUCGGGAGACUGGCUGGAGUCCACCAUCUCCAACCUGGUCUUCACCUACUGAGCGGCAGAGAGAAGGAGAGAAAAGAAAACGCACAGAGAAAAUAAGGAAAAGAGAACCCCUUUGCUUCUUAAACCCCGUGAGAAUCUUCAGACAUUCAGAUUAUUGGGGAGUGAAACGUGCACCAAAAAAUUCUCCUGCGUUCCGGAAAAGAAUAGCCUAAUUUGACAGACAUGUGUUUAGGUAAUUCAGGCAUGGUGUUGUGCAUAAGAACAGCAUAUGUUUCAUCUUGUGCGUAUUGACAGGGAUCAAAGACACCAAUUGGGACAGGCACUGGGCGCAUUGCUGCCUUAGUGCGCAGACCAGCCGGAAAUAAAGUGCUUAGCUUGCAUUUUGGAGACGGGAUAAAUCCUUUCUCACUCCCUCUGAUCCCGCCUCUGUUUAGGAGUGACACACAGACGGACUUACUGAACGGAAGCGUUCAACCGGGUCGCAGAAGGACGUUUUUUCUGGCUGAUGGUGAUGAUGACUGUACGAAUAAAGUACAUUUUUCGGAGAGCUUGACGUUGCAAAGGGGGGUCGAACGUUUUAUAAGUGACCCAGUCGGGUUAUUUUCCCGCCUGUGUUGAUGAUGUUUAUGGAGUUAAUAUUCAGGGUUUGUUUUUCUUUACUGAAGCUUAGAAUAAUAAAUAACAGCAAACACGCAGA